AUGGCGGGGGUGAUCUAUGAUCAGGUGGGCAGUUUGGAGCUUCGUCAGAUGGACAGAGGAGAGCGAGUGGAAAAGAAGGUGGAUAUUUAUGAAAGUGUAGACGCUCUUAGAGUUCAGGAGACCGAGGACGCCAACACAGUCUACACUUUACCAGCUGUUAGAAGAAGAGGCAGAAGAUGCUCCAGACUGACUGCAGUGUGUUUAGGACUGCUGUGUGUUCUCCUGAUGAUCACCAUCAUACUGUACUACAUGCACUCUGUAAAAGAAAGAGAUCAGCUAAAGAACAGCAACCAGAACCUGACUAAAGAAAGAGAACAGCUACAGACCAGCAUCCAGAACCUGACUAAAGAAAGAGAUCAGCUACAGACCAGCAACCAGGACCUGGCUAAAGAAAGAGAUCAGCUAAAGACAAAGAACAGCUGCAGGAAGCUGACUGAGGACUCCACUCUUCAAACCGGAUCUGGUGAUUCAGAUCAGUCUCUUGGCUGUAUUAAGCCCUGUAUGAAAUCUGGAAGCUGUUAUCUAUUCAUUUCUGGAUGGAGAAACUGGGAAGAGAGCAGGAAGGACUGCAGAGAGAGAGGAGCAGAUCUGGUGAUCAUUAAGAGUCAAGAGGAACAGAAGUUUCUCAGUGAUGUUUUUGGGAGCUCUGUGUUCUGGAUUGGAUUGAGUGAUGCUGAACGUGAGGGUACCUGGAAGUGGGUGGAUGGAUCAGUGCUGACUGGGUAA